UCAACGCAGCGUUUUCACUCAUUCAAAUAUUCCGUUUUACAUCCCAUUGCGUAUCGAUGUAGAAAAAACAAAGCAAACUCUGAAAAUGAAAAAUACAAUUGUGCAAAAUUGAUUUGGAGAAUUUUCGUCAUUGGCAAAAAAAAUAUGUGAAGAAACAGACAAAGGAAAUUUAAAUUGUGAGAGCGGAAGAAACGAAACUGGAACAAUUAGAACUAUUUGACUGAAAUGGAUGCGACGGAGAUAAUCGGAGACAACAACCAAACGCAAAAUCAAACAAACCAAUCGAGAGAUGAAAGUCCGACGAGUUCAUCUUUGAAUGGCGAUGCAACUCCGUUUGUUCCAUCAGAAGGCGGUGAUGUAAAGGAUACACCAUCGUAUGGAACGUUCACAUUGAAAGUUCCGUUGGACAGCAAAAUUUGGAAAAGCAUUUCAGCUUGCUCGCCACACAAUCAACGCAUAUCGACCCAAAGAAAACCCUCUCCACCGCGUGCAUUGCAAACGAACUCUUUCUCUGAGCCACACGCUAAUCGGAAUUUAAUCACCGAAAUUUCGAACGAUGGCUACAUAAGCAUUCGUCGCAAAGACAAUGUUUUCAUCGAUAUUUCUUUGGAUCGUGCUAUUCGAAUUGCUUGCCCCAUGCAGAAGAUACUUGUGUGCAUUUCAGGCUCAACAACAAAUGCCGUCAUCUUUCAUCCGAAUGGUCGCAUAUUUCAGAAUAAUUCACGUGUUGAUUUGGUUGCAUUCGAUGGAUCGCACCAGAAUAACCUGUUGCGAUGUGCAAAAAUUUGGCAAAAGGGCAUUAGUUUUAUGGCAAAAGAUAUUCCAGUGGUGUACUUAGUUGAUGAGGCCGGCCUACGUAGUAGCGUCGAUCAUUUCGUGCACAUAAAAAAAGAUUGCGCGUUAGAAGUGUUCAAUAAUAGAAACAUUCGCCACAGUUCAUAUCCAUUCGACGAUGCAGUGCAUAUGAUGCAAAAAUCCGUUUACACACAUGAGAUAAAUGGUUCCGAAACGUUUGAAAUAAAUCAGGUUCGAGUUACGAGCAACAAUGACGGCACCAUCAGCAUUGAGCGUCUGAACAAAUCAUGUGGCAUUCGAAUCAAUCCGCGUAAAGCGGCUAUUACAUUGACAUCGUCAUACAUGCAUGCGACGGCAUCAAUGGGGAAAUCACCGCAUCUUUUCUUACGUCAAGGCGAUCGACGCAUACACUUUGAUGGUGCUGUAUUUUGUGUGCGCAACGGCGGAUAUUCCGCUGGUUUCGAUGAGAAAAAUCAAGUGACAAUUUUCAAUAAGAAAAUGUCUCCGGCGUGCAUUAAUCUUUAAGUGCAAUUUCUUUUCUUUUCAAUCAACAAUAUGUUUUUUUUUUCUUUUUCCCCAAUAAAUUUAAUCGUU